AAUUUUUUUGUUUUCCAAAUUGAAAAUAAAAAUUAUUGUUUAUUCAAUUGGUUUCAAUUGAUUUCCAACAAAAUUUGUUUACCUUGCGCCGGAUUGCACUGGUCUGCAAUAUUUCAUCAAACUGGAUUACUUAAUAAAUUCAAAGAUGGAAGACGAAAGCGAUGACAAAGAUGACACAAAAAGAAAAUCUCGGAAUCUCAGUGAAAAGAAACGUCGUGAUCAAUUUAAUUCAUUGGUAAAUGACUUAAGCGCUCUUAUAUCAACAACCAACCGUAAAAUGGAUAAGUCGACUGUACUAAAGUCAACGAUAGCAUUUCUUAAGCAUCACAAUGAGGCCACUGAUAGAUCGAAAGUGUUUGAAAUACAGCAAGACUGGAAACCAUCUUUCUUAACCAACGAUGAAUUUACACAUCUAAUGUUGGAAUCACUGGAUGGUUUCAUUAUAGUUUUUAGCAGUAGAGGUUCCAUAUUUUAUGCAUCCGAAAGUAUUACCUCCUUACUAGGUUAUUUACCAAAUGAUUUAUUAAAUAUGACCAUAUUUGACUUAGCCUAUGAAACGGAUCACGAAAGUCUGCUUAACAUAUUUCUAAAUCCAAAGCCUGUAAUAGAACCACUGCAGACUGAUAUCAAUUCCUGCAAUCAGAUUACAUUCUAUGUCCAUCUUCGUAGAGGUGGCAUUGAAAAGGUUGAUGCCAACGCAUAUGAAUUAGUAAAGUUUGUGGGAUAUUUUAGAAAUGAUGCCAAUGUAGAUAAUAUGCCAACGCCAAAUACUCAAACACCACCAAGAAUAUUUCAAAUGAAUCCUGGCGCAGAGGUUGACAAGAAACUGAUUUUUGUUGGUACCGGACGUAUACAGACGCCGCAAUUAAUACGUGAAAUGUCUGCCAUUGAUCCAACCAGAAAUGAAUUCGUUUCGAAGCACAGUAUGGAAUGGAAGUUUUUAUUUUUAGAUGAUCGAGCGCCACCUAUCAUUGGUUAUAUGCCAUUUGAAGUGCUGGGAACAUCAGGCUAUGAUUAUUAUCACUUCGAUGACUUGGACAGCAUAGUGUCGUGCCAUGAAGAACUUAUGCAAAGAGGUGAAGGCAAAUCGUGUUAUUACCGCUUUCUUACCAAAGGCCAGCAGUGGAUUUGGUUACAAACAGAUUUCUAUAUAUCCUAUCAUCAAUGUAACUCAAAACCUGAUUAUGUUGUAUGUACCCACAAAGUAGUUAGUUAUGCAGAUGUGAUAAAGCAAAAUAAAUUGCUUGCAAAAAAUAGUAAACCACAAGUUGUGAGUAGCAAUCUGUCGAAAUCGUCAACACUAACAUUACGUGACGUCGAUAGUAAUAGCCAAUGCGUUGACUCGACAACUGUUUCAACAGGCUGUUUAGGUUUAUUUAAUAGCACCUCACCCACCCUAGACUCGCCACAAUCAAUGUGGACAAGUGCAGUUUCCUCGACAACCUCAAUACAAAUUCCAACGCAUAAAUCUUCACGGUCAGCCUCUUGUAUUACUGACUCAUCACCCAGUAAAAAGAGACGUUAUCCUAGCAACGCUAUCGAAUCUGACUCAGCUUCAAUGUCAGCUGAUUCGGUGACGAGCAAGAAUUCCUUAAUGACGCAUACGAGCUCGCAGAACAGACAACAACGUCAUAGUAUAACAGGCACGCAGCAACAGCAGCAUUUAUUGCAGAGCAACCAGGUCCAGCAGUCAAAUCAAGGAGCUCAACAUAUCUUCCAACAGCAGCAACACCAGCAACAACAUAUGCAAAUGAGUCAUGUGCAGUCGCAACAAAAAAUGAUACCAAUGUUAACACCACAUGCUGCAAUGGCGCCAGCGCAAAUAUUAACAAAUAAUACCUGUCAGUUUCCACAACCCGCCUUUCCAAUACGUAAUACGCAGUUGAUGGGUACAACAUUUCUAGAUCCAACGCAAUAUCUUACGGCGAUACCAGUGCAACCUGUUAUAGCACCAUUCCCAGUAACUCCUGUUGCGCCUGUACUCUCGCCGCUCACCAGUCAAGCUGAUAUGCUAUCUGGCGCCAUGGUUAUGACGCCCACACACACAACGCAACUACAGGAGCAACUGCAGCGAAAGCAUGACGAACUGCAAAAGCUCAUUAUACAACAGCAGGAUGAGCUUCGUAUUGUAUCUGAACAACUACUUUUAGCACGUUAUAUACCAAUGGUUUCUGUCAAUUAUAAUAACGCAGCGAAUAGCAAUAGAAGUUUUAACUUCAAUAGCAGUGCCGUGGAACCGCAGUACAACCAGUAUGGAUUCGCUUUGAACUCAGAGCAAAUGCAAAAUAAUCAGGAUCAACAAAUGAUGUUGCAACAUCAACAGAAUCUGCAACAUCAACAACAGCAAUUGCAUAAUCAGCAACAACAGAUGCAGAAUCAACAAGUACAACAACAACAACAACAACAACAACAACAACAACAGCAGCAGCAGCAGCAGCAGCAACAACAACAACAACAUAAUACACAACAAUCGCAGCAGCAACAGUCACAGCAACAACAAUCGCAGCAGCAACAACAAUCAAAUCUACUAUCACGCAGUGUACCUGAUCUAGAUCAAUUCCAUGAUGAUAUUGACGCCUUUCUAAACUUAUCACCAUUACAAUCGAUUGGUUCGCAGAAUGGUUUAAAUCAAAUCAGUAGCAAUAAUGACGGUGGCAGCAGUAAUCAACAAAAUACACUCAGUCAAAACUACAUAAACAGUACAAACACCCCGCAAGCUUCCGCAAAUGAAGAUUCGUUAUUGUCCUAUAUGAAUAUGGCGACGGAGUCAAGUCCAACGCUCAAUUUCGCGAUGGGCAUUAGUGACGAUGGUUCCGAAACGCAUAGUGAAGACAUUAAAAUGAUGCAAAAUCAUCAUCAACAACUACAGCAGCAGCAACAACAACAGCAACAACAACAUCAGCAACAAAAUCGCUCAUUUUACUCCAAUAAUCCCUUUCAGAACCUCAACAAUCAAACAACUAAUCAAUUACCAAAUGAUCUGGAAAUUCUACCAUAUCAAAUGUCACAGGAGCAAUCACAAAAUCUCUUCAACUCACCACAUGCAUCCGGCACCAGUCAAUAGCUGUAGGGUUAGGUCCUAACUUAUGUGUAUAUAUAUGUUUAUAUUAUCUUAUGUAUUCCUUCCGAAAUCGCUGUUAUAUAUAUUUUUGUACAUAUUAGGCAUAGAGAAAAUGUUUGAAUAUUACAACGAAGCAUUGGAUUCGCUUUUAAAAAGCUCAUGGUGUGGUAAUUGUAAUAAUUUUAAUUAAUUAUUUAAUUAUUUGCAGCUCACAGAUAAAAAAAAUAAUUGUAUUAAAAUUUAUUCAAAUAUCACGCGAUUAGGUUUCGUCUAUAAUUUUCUCGUUACUUAUUUAGUGAAUUUUGAACUGUGAGAAAAAAAUUAUAAUUUCUGUGUAUAUGUUAAUUAUGUGUAAGAUAGUCAUAAGUAGAUCCUAUGUGUAUCUUAAAUCGUGUAAAAUAUUAUUGCAAUACUAUUAUCUCUAAUGAUAUUUUAGUUAUUUAGUUUAAGAUAAUCAACAAAACGCUUAAGGCUUUUUGUUUA